GCAUACAAUACAUUUACACUUAUCAUUUGGUGUUUGUACCUGUACAUGAUGUAUCUUGGUUCUUGUUUUUUCCCCAUUACCUGUGCGCCCUUCAAUGCCUCUGCCCUUCCCUAUUUACAUAGAUUUCAUUUCCCUGUGACCCAUUUUGAAUUCAGUAUUGGGUAUGGUGUCAGGCAAGGGUCCAACCUUUCUUUCGCACAUGGAGAUCUAGUUUUCUGGUAACAUUUGUUGAAGACUGUUCUUUUCCUGCUGAGUAGUUUUGACACUGGUCAAAAUCAUCAACCAUAGCCAGCGUGUUAGUACAUGCUUGUGGACCCAGCACUCAGGAGGCUGAGACAGGAGAAUCACCAUGAGUUCAAGGCCAGCCUGGGCUGUAUAGCAAGACCCUGUCUCAAAAAAACAAAAUAAAUAGAUAGACAAAAAUAAAAAAUACCUCAGUGUUGCCAGCAUUUAAGCUUUGUGCAGGAGUCCCACGCCAGAGUCUUUGCCUGAUCGUGUCUCUGUCGUUUCUGAGCUCCUUUCCUACCUGUUAUCCCAGUGUCUCCUGCCGUCUAUGGCAUCUGUGUCUCAGGGCCUGGUCAGGACGACAGCCAUGGUGCGAGGAUGUGGUGGGAACUCUACAGGAAAUGGGCUCCCAAGGCCGAGAGACUUGCAGGGAGAGAGGACUCCAGAGUUGCUUCAGAAAGUGGCAAGAAGGCUGGGGGAGCAGGGAGAAGCCAACAGCAGACCUGUUGUCCAGUGAUAAAGCAUCUGGGAGCAAAACCCACAACAGCAAGACAGCCCGGGCCUCCCUGGUCCUCCUCCCCCCUGGGCUCUGCAGUGGGACCAGCAGCGCCGGAGUGGUCGGAAGCCGGAGUGGUCGGAAGCCGGGGGCGCAGGCAGAAGUGAGUGGCAGCCCCGCCACACCUCAAACCUUUCUGCUCCCAGGGGACAGGGCCUGUGGGUGCCAGCAUGAGGACAAGGUCCUGACGGGCAGCGUCACCUCCAGCCAAGGUUUCUCUAGAGCCCAGCAUGUCCCCAGGGAUCCCAUCAUGAGGUCAGUGGGUGCCGAUGCCCAGGCAGUGCUGUGCCAGGGUGAUGCCACAGGGCACGGCCGGGCCCUGCCGGGCAGCAGUUCCAGGUCUGCAAUGUGGGAGAGAAGUGGGGCCCGUGGGCAGCAGAGCUGGCCCCUGGGCGCUCAGUGGCAGCCAGCACUGCAGGGACAGAGACCUUGCUGGGCCCCCCAAGCUGGCGAGUGGAGAGCUGGGUGCCUGCGGCAGCAGCACAGAAAGCAGCUCCUCCUCUGGCGGUGGGAGCAGGCUUUGUGGAAGACCUGGACAGCCACAGUCUCCUUCCUGGAGCCCUGCUGGCCUUCCACCCUCAUGGGCGGCAGAAGUGGCCUCUGGCCCUGGCCCCUGGCUUGGAUGACACCCAGGGCUGCACCUGAGGCAGAUGCUCCACAGGGGCCCCUGGCCUCACCAAGGCCCAGCCCCAGCCACCUCCAGGCCACGCUCAAGCCCCCCUGGUGCCCAAGUGCAGAGGUGCUGUCCCAGCAGCCCCUGCAGGACAUGUUGGCCAGGGGUCCUGAGCAUGGCUGGGCCGGGAGGGAGGGCCGGGGCUGUGGAUCCAGGGUGCUUGACCAGCGGCCCCCUGUGGGGUGGAGGUUGGAGGAGCCCUGCCUCAGAGACAGUGCACUUCCCUCCUACAAGCCACCCAGGGGCCCAGGGACGGGCGGCGGCUCGGGGCCUCCAGGAGCCUGUCGGGGGUCAGUGCCACCCCGCGUGUCCCCUGUGGAAGGGACAGCAGCAGACAACUCCACACCCUUCUCAGGGUCCCUCUUCCAGGAGCCCAACCUGGCCGAGGAGGAGCAGCGGCUCUGGCAGCUCGGAAUCCGCGAGGCCCGAGGGUGGGCGGGGGACGCCGGGCUGGGCGUGGCCGGGCCUGAGUCAGCUGGGGGCAUCUGGCUCCUGAGAUAG